AUGAAUGGGGUAUACAUCAUGAUAUGUAUCGACUAUCGACUUGUGAAUAACUUCAUCCAGAUGUCUAGUUACCCGUUACCUCUCCUCGACGGCUUUCGGUCUCGAGAAGACGCUCUGGUUCAUGAGCCUGGAUAUGGCCAGCGGGUUUGGGCAAUCAAGAUGACCGAAAGGUCCAAGUUGAUUUCGGCUGUCGUAUCUCUGUUUGGACACUUCCAGUGGAUUCGAAUGUCAUUUGGUCUGAAAAAUGCACCCCUGAUCUACCAGCAAAUGAUUAACAAUUGCCUGUGA